AAGAAUCAAAACCGACCCGAGACCAUAAGCGCAACCAGUUGAGGGUUUUAGAAAGAUUGAUCUGAGAUUGAACAAGAGUACAAAACCUAGACUGUCUCAAGUCUCAAACCACCCAGACCGAACCACCAGACUCUCAGCCAUGGGGUCGUACAAGUGUGCUCUGCAUCUAUGGAGGAGGAAGCAAUCAGAUUUCGUUGGGAUUUUGCCGAAGAUUUCGAGGGUUUUUCACACCCAGAAGGCGAAUUCAGAUCAGCUACUGGGAAUGGUGCAAUCUGGUGUGACAAGGCAGUCUGCUGCUGACUCAAGUCAUUUGACCAGGGGCGUAGUUGGAGCCAAUGGAAAAUCGGUUCUGCUUGAAAGGAAGUUUACUCGAGAAUUAAUCAAUACCAAGUGGGCUCCAUCACAACUUACGAGAAACUAUGGGGCAAAUAAUGUAGUUCCUUGCUUCAGUAGAACCAUGUCUUCAAAAGCUUCACAGAAAUCGGGAAGAAAUCCAUCUGAGACUAAGAAAGACGUAUCUACUGUGGGAGAGCCUUUUGAUGAUAGUAUUACAGACAUUAUCCCUCCGAAGCCACUGACAUUUGUGGCGGGGGCAUCCUAUAGUAUUGUCAUUCUUAUAGGGUUUGGGGUUGCUGGCUUGGCAGCAUACUCCGUUUUCAAGGAGCUUAUAUUUGAACCAAAAGAGUACACAAUUUUUAACAAGGCGCUUAAACGAAUUCAAGAUGAUCCUCAGGUUAGAAUGAGGGUUGGAUACCCUAUAACAGGAUAUGGUCAAGAAAGUAGAAAUCGUGCUGCUCGACAACGCAUUCCAAACAGAAUCUGGACUGAUGAAGAUGGUUUGGAGCAUGUUGAGGUCAAUUUCUAUGUUCGUGGGCCACACGGAGCUGGAAAAGUGUUCGCUGAGAUGUUCAAAGACGUAGACAAGAGAUGGAAAUACACAUAUCUGGUUGUCGAAACAUCAUCACCUUCCCAUUCACGUCUGAUCCUAGAGUCCUAUCUACCGGAUUACAAGCCAGUUGCCUAGUCGGUCGUCAACAAGGUGUACCAAAUCCCCUAGGCUUUUAGUUCUGUUAAUAAUCCCUUCUUUCCCUGUGAUAUCCCAGAAAAGGGUUAGCGUUGCUCUUCCUUAACUGUACCGCUUCCCCUCUUGAGUCCUGUCUCUAUUUAUCAACUCGUAUGAGAAAUAGUCAAGAGCUUUGUUACAGAACAAGUUCAGUUAUUUUUGCAUAUUGUUGUUCUAGUUGUUGAGUUUUGCUAUUAGAGAAAGUGCUUGCUGCUGUUUAAAGCGAGAAAACGUUGAAAAAUGUUCCUUCCUACUCAAAUUUGGGUACAAGUUUUACCAAUCAUGCUGUCCUGGGCAUUUUUGUCAUAUCUUCAUCAUUGUCU